AUGCCAAACACCCUUCCCGCCGCAAGGGUCGUCGGCCACGACUUCCUUGGCAACCACAUCGGCGAGCUUCUCUUCCGCCAGCCCGUCGCUAGGACUGCUCCCUCAGACCGAACCAAGGGCUCGUCCGGUGGCAGCACCAUUUGCGCCUCGGACAGCAACACCAUCCGACGCGGCUCAAUCAUCUCCCAGCCAGGUCUUGCGCCCGUCAAGGAUGAUUCACCCUCUGCCAUCGAUCAUCUCUUCAGCGCUGGCAUGACGACGCCACUCGGUCCCUCCGCCGAUCCAAUCGCCUCUCUCGACCACAGCAGCGAGAGCUCGUCGUCCGAGCCCAGCUCUUCUGACAGUAGGUCGGGCAGCGCCGACGUCGACAUAGACAUUCUCCACCUCGACCAGCUCCCCGUGUCUCACAAGCGAUUCUCAUCAGCGGGUGGACCGCUGUCACCACGGGUCAGCUUUGUUACUAGCUUUGGUGCUAAGCAGCGCGGCUCGGGCAGCAGACGUGCGCCAUCCGAGAACGGCUCCUCCAGCUACUUUGGCUUGAGCAGCGACGUGAGCUCCAUGGCCAGCAUGUCGCCCAUGGAACCUGCACCCGGAGCCAUCAAUUGGAACAUGCCUUUCCGCGAUCCACAUCAAUCAUUUGCCAGAGCCAUCGAGCAAAACACUAAACUCGACCGCAACCUCUCUCAGCAGAGCGAGGCGUCCGAUGCCGCUACAUCGUCACAGGCCAAGACAAUCGACUCUGCGUCGGCCCCAUACCAAGAGCUUGCUACGCCUACGACCACUGCGGGCGCCCCUGUGGUCAGUGGCAAGAGCCAGUCUUUCUCUGUUGCCGAAACCUGUCAGCCCGUCCGCCAACGCCUCAUGCGAGCAGCUACCGAGUCGACGUUGGACCCCAUUGGGCAGAAGCAACGAUCACCGAGACCGCUGGAUUCUCCAUCCAACAGUUCAGGCUCGAGCUUGACGCACUCACGGAGCAUGGGAGCGCGCGGACACCGCAAGCAGCCAUCCUUGGUGCCAAAAGGAGACGACGAUCGCACGUUCUGCUUCGUCGACAACGCCUCGAGCGGGGCCGAAGAGGAUGAUACUGUUGCUGAAGGGCCCGAGAUGGUGCCGGAUGCCACACUGACGUCGGUUCCGAUGCGCUCUGCAUCGCAGUCGUCCUCGCAGUCAUCCUCGCAAUCGUCCUUCAAGGAGGUCACUGAUCAGCAAUACAGCGCGCAUCGACGCAAUAGCGUGCAGAUCUGCCCUUCUCCUGCGGCCACCUCGGCUGCAGCACCCAGCAUCGCACCCGCGGCAGCAGCCACGCUUCAGGACACCAGCAGCACCUUUACACUCACUCAGGCGGUCGUCCGCGACCAAUAUACCCGACAGAUGUCUGUCUUCCCUCUCAAGCCACCCUCCUCCGCCGGCCAGAACGGUGCCUCUCGACCCUUGCGACGUCUUCGCAUCCAGCCCAACGUCCAAUCGCGCCAAAGCAUGCUGGAGCGCACCAUGGACCAGCAGCGCAAGGCGAGCGUCGCCGCGCUUGCCGCCAACGCCAACGGUCUUCCCCUCGAAUCCGCCGCGCCCAUACCGGAGGUGCCCUCACAGACUGCGGCCGCCAAGCCGAGCGAGCGUUACGAUACCACCGCGUACGGUGCUGACCAGCGCACGUUCCGCAUCCAAUCCUCAGCACCGAGUGGCGAUUUCCCCUUCGCCGUGAUCUCGGAUGACGGCGUGAAGGCGGGCGAGCGAGUGGAGCCCGCUAGUCAUGCACGAACGAGCGACUGGGCACGCGCACAGAGCCUGUUGGCCAGCUCCGAAUCGAGUAGUCUUGCAGUCGACGAGACGGAGUUCCGCCCGACAUCUCAACCGUUGCUGAGGCUCCACACGGUCAGCCACAGCUCCACUACUGCCUCGACGGAGACGCCCAGCAUCAUGGACACGCGCGAACCUCUCAGCCCGCCCGAAACCGUCAUCUCCACGCCUGAACUUGAAUCCCCGCCCACGUCGGCCACCCUCAAGGCACAGGACGAGGACGUCUUUGGCGUCCGCCCGCGUCGCUCUUCGCCCCUCGCUACUUAA